UUCUUGUGUUUUAUAGCUUUCAAAAUACGUUUAUGGAAGUUCAGUAUGACAGACAACAAGUUGUAUUGUAUUAACUGCAUUGGAAGUGUCAACAUUCCUACAAGCCGAGAAUCAUGUGAAGUCAGUUUGAGAAGAUUGGUUAAUCUUAUGUGGUUUUUGAAGGAAAACAUGGAAGAAACAAAUCAAGUUCUAGAACAGCUCAAAGCAUCCCAUACAAACAAUAUGAAAGCCAUUGCAAGAAAAAGAUCUGGCUAUCAAGAAUUGAAAACGUUGGAUGUCUAUUUCAAAGAAAACACUCAUAUCAUACUGCAUGAAAAAAUCAUCAAAAAUUCAGAAUUGUUAUAUAUGAAUAGUUUUUAA